GAUCAGAGUGAGUUGAGUUAGCGGUAAAAGUAGGUCCGCCCCCUUCUCUUAACUUUGCUACGCUUUCCCUUUCUUCUGCUGCUCUGUGCCUGCUUCUGUUUUUGCUUUUGCGUCCCUGAAACUGAAAACCAACGCAAACCAACCAAACCCAUCUCUCUCUCCUCUCCCCGAGCCUUUAUAACCCUCCUGCCAUGAAUUCCCAGCACCGGCAACGGAACCACAGAGCUGCCGGAAACUGACCGAGAACCAAAACGACCCCGUUUGGACAAACGCACAUUGUACUGCUUGAAAAUGGUGCAAGAAGGCUGUGGCGGAGGACAUGCAGAGGUGGAGAGCUGCGGCGGCCGCUCGGUUGUGGUGGGGGUGAAGCUGGACUCGAAGAGCAGGGAGCUGCUGACGUGGGCUAUGGUUAAGGUGGCUCAGCCUGGUGACCGUGUGAUUGCCCUCCAUGUGCCCGGUAAAAAUGAAAUUGUUGAUCGAGAUGGGAAGUCGUCGCUUCUCUCCCUUGUCAAAGCGUUUGACUCUGUUCUUGCAGUCUAUGAUGGUUUCUGCAACUUGAAGCAGGUGGAUCUCAAGCUCAAAAUCUGCAGAGGAACAUCAAUCAAGAAAAUAUUAGUUCGGGAAGCGAAUUCGUAUACUGCAAGUAAGGUUAUAGUUGGAACUGCUCAGAACCACCAUAAAAUCCGGUCAUCGACUGCCGUGGCCAAAUACUGUGCCAAGAAACUGUCUAAGGAUUGUGGGGUUCUUGCUGUAAAUAAUGGGAAAGUUGUAUUUAACAGAGAAUGCUCUCAAGCAAAUUACGGUAACCCCCAAGGAAGCGAAGAGCAUCACCGGAACAGUUUGCUCAGCGCAUUUCACCGAUCAGUGCAUAAGUCUUCCAAAGUACUAAAUGAUGGCGGUGACAGUGUGACCUUAAAGGACACAUAUUGUCAGGUUAAUUGUCAAAAAUUGGAGCAGGGCUUAGCCAAAGUUUUCUUGGAAUGUUCUGAGUCUGUUGCAACACAGAAAUGCUCAGUCUGUUCAGGGCCCUCGGUGGAUAGUUCUGGUCAUCAAUCUGCAGAAGAGUUCUCUGAUGACGGUGAAGAUAAAUCUAUGGCUAUAGUGCCAGUACAAAAAGAAGAGGCACUAGCAGUGAGCUCAAUUUCUAUGUUGAUCAGAGAAUUGCCUGAAGUGAAACCUGGUUGGCCACUGCUUCGACGAGCCGUACUCCCAGAACGACAAAUUCCUGAGAGGUUUAUGGUCCGGACGAUCUCCGUGGUUCAGUGGGCAAUGCAGUUGCCCAUUAGACAGCAUUCAAUUGCCAGCAAUUUCGAUGAAAGGAAAAAUAGUUGUGAUUCAGAUCAACCUUCCUGUUUGAAUGGAGAAAGUGGGCCCAUUGUUGCAGUGGGUGGCAAGGCAAUGAUUGCCCCACCUUCACCGGACUACAAUUCGAAAGCCCUGCCUAAAGAAUUGGAGGGCCUGCAUGAAAAGUACUUGGCUACGUGCAGAUUAUUCACCUACCAGGAACUUCAGUCAGCUACAUCAUACUUCUUGGCCGACAACAUCAUCGGGAGAGGCGGUAGCAGUCAAGUUUAUAGAGGCUGCCUUCCCGACGGCAAGGAACUGGCAGUGAAAAUCUUAAAACCAUCUGAAGAUGUAUUGAAGGAGUUUGUUUUGGAGAUAGACAUCAUUACUACCUUAAACCACAAGAACAUUAUUUCCCUUUUGGGGUUCUGUUUUGAGGAUAAUAAUCUUCUCUUGGUUUACGAUUUCUUAUCAAGAGGAAGCCUUGAAGAGAAUCUCCAUGGAACCAAGAAAGAUCCACUUGCAUGUGGAUGGAAUGAGAGAUAUAAGGUGGCCGUGGGUGUAGCUGAGGCCUUGGACUAUCUGCACACUGGCAGUGCUCAAUCUGUAAUCCACAGGGAUGUCAAAUCAUCCAAUAUUCUACUGUCUGAUGAUUUUGAGCCGCAGGUACGUCUGAUCAGUUUCUUGCUUCUAAAGAUGCAUUUGUUUGUCAAAUUUUCAGUGUUCGUUAAUACUAUUUCGGCAAGGUUUCUUCAGCUCUCUGAUUUUGGACUGGCAAAAUGGGUGUCAACCUCCUCUUCGCAUAUAACGUGCAGCGAUGUUGCAGGCACCUUUGGCUACUUGGCUCCUGAAUACUUCAUGUAUGGCAAAGUAAACGACAAAAUUGACGUGUAUGCAUUUGGUGUUGUACUCCUCGAGCUUCUUUCAGGAAGAAGGCCUAUAAGCAGUGACCAUCCAAAAGGCCACGAAAGCCUAGUCAUGUGGGCCAAGCCAAUUCUAAAUGGUGGGCAGGUAUCCCAACUUUUAGAUCCGCAUUUGGGCAAUAACUACGACCAGGGCCCGAUAGAGAGAAUGGUUUUAGCGGCCACUCUUUGCAUCAGGCAUGCUCCACGAGCUAGGCCCCAAAUGAGCUUUAUUGUGAAGCUCCUUCAAGGCGACGCGGAUGUGACUAAGUGGGCAAGGCUGCAAGUUCAUGCUGUGGAGGAAUCUGAUGUGCUCGAAAAUGAAACAUGUCCACAUUCAAAUCUGCAGUCUCACCUUAACCUUGCACUGCUUGAUGUGGAGGAUGACUCACUCUCCAUGAGCAGCAUUGAGCAAACUGUCUCCUUAGAGGACUACCUGAAAGGGCGGUGGAGCCGCUCAUCGAGCUUCGACUAACGAAUUCACUAGCACAAUGCUAGUAAUUGCACUUCUCCAUUUGUGUGAUCCAUUUGUAUAUUAAUCCCUCACCAAGAAAAAAAAAAAAAAAGAAAAGUAAAAACAAUGGCUUUUACAUGUUGUUUGAGUGUUUGGGUUAGAGUUGUUAUAGAUGGGUUUAGGAUGAGAGGUUGUUUGUGUUUGUGCCCUCCUCCUUCCCUAAUGGUCAUAAAACUAGUCCUUAUUUGUUGGACUGGUUUUCCUUGUUGGUGUCUUUUCAGUUUACUUCUUGGUCUCAAUUAGACCAAGAGUUGGGAGACUCUUGUAAUGUUCAAAGAUGAAUGUUUUUUUUCCUCUGAGUGAGCAGAAAUCUAAAUAUACGGCUAAAGGAGAAAAAUUUACAUGAAA